GUGGAAGGCGAGUUUGACCAUCUGCCAAGCCGUGCAUUUGUUUCCGCAAUGAAGCGCGCAGGUGUUGUAAUUGCCAACCUGGUCCCGAGGUGGGUGAGCAACGCACUGGCAGAAGCACCUCUUGCAGCAGCUCCAGCAUCCCGAGCGGACUUCGAGGGUGUUGGUCGGCGUGGCGUUCACGACGUCGAUGACGACGAACAUGGCGAGGAAGAUGGCGAGGAAGACGAAGAGUGGACGGGCCAUUUUGGGCUUGUUGGUGAUGGAGCAGGAAUGGGUUGUUGAUUUGAGAUGGCUGUUGGGAU